UAUUAUUAAGGAUUUUUUGUCAGUUUCUUUUUUAUAAGUUCGUCAUUUUUAGUGGAUAUUUGAUAUUUGGGCUGAUAUUUUUUUUUAAUAUGAAGACUGUGACAUAUAAGAAUUCACAUGGGAGAAAUACUUCAAAGGCUAUGAGUAAAGAGAAUGCAUCGAGGACUCUUCGCCCGUAUGAAUGCCCUUUUUGUCCAAAGGCAUUUUACCGAUUGGAACAUCAGACACGUCAUAUUCGAACACAUACGGGUGAAAAGCCGCAUGCAUGUACGUUUCCCGGUUGUGUUAAGAGAUUCAGUAGAUCUGAUGAAUUGACCCGUCAUUCAAGGAUUCAUAAUAAUACCCGUACAAAACGGGGCCAUGUUCAAUUCUUAUAUAAUAAUAUUGGAGUAUUUGGGAUACAGACUCCAGUUGCUUCUACUGCAGGGACUUUUCAGCCACAUACAUUACAAGGAUUACCUGUUGCUAAUGUGACAUCUUCAGUACAUGUAUCUCCAUGUUCUGCGGAAUGCAUGCAUGGGUCUAAUAAUUCUCAAAAAGUCUCCACAUUAUAUCCACAGAUUUUGCCUGUACCUCUUGAUGAUAUGCAUGUCCUUGCUGCUGCUGCUUUUCAACAACUUGAGAAAAGGAAUAUUUCUGAAGUUCGCACUUCAAAGCAAAAUUCUUCAGCUCGUACUUGUUUACGGCAUAGUUGUUUAGAUGAGAUGCGUGCUGGAUCAUUACCUUCUUUGCCUAUAAGUAAUGAGUUUUGA